AUGACUUCCAACAACUUUGCCUCAAACGGACUCGGUAUGCCCGGCUCUGGUCUCGCUUCCCGCCGUGGCGGCCAGAACAUCAAGCCUCUUUCCUUUGAUGCCAUCAAUGCGUCGCCGGAUAAUAAGGAUAAUGGCGCCCCGACUCCCCGCACCAGUCGCUCACACCUCUUGGCCGGACUGCGGACUGCCCCCAAGACUGCGACGGCCACGUCCUUCCCCGCCUCGCAAACUUCUAUGGGCCACCAGACGCACCAGCAGUUUGCCAAAGCAUCAGCCAAUUAUAGCGCUGCCCAGGAUGCCUACGCUGGUCCGAAGACUGCUCUGCCCCGCUAUGCGACCCAGCAACAGCAGCAGCCGCAGCCGCAACAGGCCCAGAAGCCGGCUCAGCAGCAGCAGCAGCAGCAACAGCAGCAACAGCAACCGGCACCCUUCAACGCCCUUAUGCAUAUGAGCCAGCAGUACACUGCUGAGCAGGUUCUGGCUCCGCCAGAGCUUCAAUUUGACCCGCUCAUGCAAGAACAGAUGGACCCCUCCAUGUAUGCCCAGCUUGUUGCCACCAACAGCUACCUGGCCCAGCAGCAGCAGCGCCUUCAGCAGCAGCUCCGCGACGUUCAGGCUGCCGCCCAGCAGUUCCAAGGCCUUGCCAUUGGUCAACAACUCCAGCAGCAGCUCCAGCAGCAGCAGCUUGCCAUGUACGCCCAGGCACAAGGUCGUAGCGUGUCCGGCUCUCAGCCCAACGUUUAUGCCUUCAUUGACCCCACCACGGGCCAGCCCACGUAUGUCGUUGAUCAGAGUGCCGGCGCCCAGUAUCUGGACCAAAGCCAGUUCUCGCAAUACGCCGCGCUUCAGCAGCAGCAGCAGCAACAGCUUCAGCAGCUCCAGCAACUCCAACAACUCCAGCAGCUUCAGCAAUUGCAACAGCAGCAACUCCAGCAGCAGCAGCAGCUUCAGCAUCAAAUGGCCAACGCUCCCCGCGUCCAAGUCUCGCCGCCUCCCGAGGCGACGCCUACCGGUUUCAGGAGCAACUCGCCCCCAAGCGCUACGAGUCGCCUUCCGAGCAUGCUCCUCUCCCUCCCCGUCAGCCAACGCCUUCCGUCGCGCUGUCUUCCCCUGACUCCGCUCACUGGGGGCUAUGGACCGGGUCAGGCCCGUGCCGGCGAGCAUCCCGUCCGUCAACCUCGUGGCCCUCCCUCCUUCGACGAGCUGUCUUCCAAGCCCACGGCCAGGCACGAAGGGAGCAAGAAUUUUGCUGCCCGAACUCGCCGAUCCGCUGUGCACAAUCUCGUCCGCGCUGGCAAGGAGCGACGCAAGGGCACGGAAUCCGAGACGCCCAUCACGGACAACGAAUCUGAGUCUGGACGUAGCGGUUCCGGGAGUCUGUCUGGCGAGGUGGAGUCUUGCUUCCCUAGCUCACGGACUUCGGCCAGCGGUGGCUGGGGUGCGAUUGGCUCGGAUCGUCCUUCCUCUCGGGAGAAGGUUCGUGACAGUGGAGAUGAGAACGACGGCAGCUUUGCGAGCGUUUUCAAGGCUGCUCAAGGCGACAAGGCGAGCCAAGGUCCCGACGGACAGCGCAAGGCGCCUAGACUGGUUCUCACAAGGGGCGGACCUACCAUUGUAGCGUAG